GCACCAAAUUGAGUCAUGUUUAAAACCUUGUAAUGCGGGGAGUGGAAAGUGGAUAUGAGCCUCUUCUUAAUAGAUUUACACCACAUGCUGUAUUUAAAUUUUUUGGCCCAAAUAUAUUAUUAAAAUCUAAUUUUCGGGCCAAGAUCUAUUCUUUUCCUACAAAACUUAGCAGAAAUUUUUUUAAAAGACAGAUUUAGUUGCACUUCUGCCCACCUAUACUGGACCGGGCCUGACCAGAUUCCAAGCAAUUUAAUUAUUUCCUACAUGAGAUAAUCAAAUCCUCUCUAGAAUUAGUUUUGUUGAAAAGGAAAUUAAGUUUCGUUAUAAAUACAGGAAGUGGUUGUUUAAGGUUUUUGGUGAAUAGAAUUGAUAAGAAUGGAUAUGAUGAAGAAGGCGUAUUCUGCACGGUAUUUCGAAAUACUGGAGAAGCGGAAGAAUCUACCAGUGUGGGUUCACAAAGAAGAGUUUCUUCAAACGUUGAAGGAGAAUCAGAUAGUGCUAUUGGUGGGUAAGACCGGAAGUGGUAAAACAACACAGAUCCCACAGUUUGUUUUAGAAGCAGUGCUCAAUGAAAACCCUAGCUCUGGUCCUAAGGGGAAGAAGUGGUUGGUUGGGUGCACGCAGCCUCGUAGAGUUGCAGCCAUGUCUGUGUCGCGUCGUGUAGCUGAAGAGAUGGAUGUAGAGAUCGGGGAAGAAGUUGGUUACACCGUUCGUUUUGAGGAUUGCAGCAGCUCCAAAACGGUCCUCAAGUACCUAACCGAUGGUAUGCUUCUGAGAGAAGCAAUGGCGGAUCCGCUGUUAGGGAGAUACAAAGUGAUUGUUCUCGACGAGGCGCAUGAGAGAACUUUAGCCACGGAUUUGCUAUUAGGUCUUCUUAAACAAACCUUAAUUAGUCGACCUGAUCUUAAGCUUGUUGUGAUGAGUGCAACCCUAGAAGCCGACAAGUUCCAAAAGUAUUUUAUUGGUGUGCCUCUUAUUAAAGUCCCUGGUAGGCUCCAUCCAGUGGAAAUCUUGUAUACUCGAGAACCCGAGAGGGACUAUCUCGAGGCUGCGAUUAGUACUGUUAUCCAGAUCCACAUGUGUGAGCCACCUGGUGAUGUUCUUGUUUUCUUAACAGGGGAAGAAGAAAUUGAAGAUGCUUGCCGCAAAAUCAUCAGUAAACUUGGAGAUCAAGUCAAAGUCGUGCCAUUGUAUUCCACUAUGUCACCUGCUAUGCAACAGAAGAUAUUUGAUCCUACACCGCAGUCAGUGAGAAAGAUCAUUGUAUUCACCAACAUUGCAGAGACUUCUUUAACCAUUGAUGGAAUUGUUUAUGUGGUUGAUCCUGGUUUCUCCAAGCAGAAGCUCUACCACCCAGACACUCGUGUGGAAUCCUUGUUAGUGUCCCCAAUAUCACAGGCAAGUGCUGACCAGAGAGCUGGUCGUGCCGGUAGAACACAGCCUGGAAAAUGUUUCAGGCUUUACACACAGAAAAGUUUCAAUGAAUUGGAGAAGCAGAGUUCUGCUGAGAUACUAAGAUCAAACCUUGCAAACACAGUUCUGACCUUGAAAAGACUGGGUGUGAAAAACUUGGUACGCUUUGAUCUUAUGGAUGCUCCUGCUCCUGAGACCCUCGCUCGGGCCUUGGACGAUUUGUAUCAUUUGGGAGCACUAGAUGAUGACUGUAACUUGACAAAUACAGGUGAGAUGAUGAGUGAGUAUCCCUUAGACCCACAGAUGGCAAAGAUGCUCAUAGUCAGUCCUCAAUUCAACUGCUCAAACGAGAUUCUUUCGAUUUCCGCGAUGUUAUCAGUACCAAAUUGUUUCAUCAGGCCAAGAGGAGAAGCUCAAAAAGCAGCAGAUGAAGCCAAAUCUAGUUUUGCACACAUUGAUGGAGACCACCUCACACUCUUGAAUGUGUUCCACGCUUUCUUGCAAAACAACCAAGACUCAGAUUGGUGCUACGAAAAAUUCAUAAACUACAGAGCAAUGAAGUCUGCAGUUAGUGUAAGAGAGCAGCUGGUCCGGAUCAUGUCGAGGUUUCAGAUUAAGUUGUGCAGCCCAGGUUUCAACAGCCGCGACUAUUACGUCAACAUUAGAAAGGCCUUGCUUGCCGGUUAUUUCAUGCAAGUGGCUCACCUAGAACGCACUGGCCACUACUUGACGUUCAGAGAUAAGGACGACCAAGUGGUUCACUUGCAUCCUUCCAAUUGCUUGGAUCACAAACCGGAGUGGGUGGUUUACAACGAAUAUGUUUUCACUAGCCGAAAUUUCAUCCGAACUGUCACACAUAUUCGUGGUGAAUGGCUAGUAGAUGUUGCACCACAUUACUAUAAGCUUGCCAACUUUCCCAAUUCUGAGGCUAAACGAGUACUUCAAAAGCACUAUAAGAAGAGGAAACUGUCAGAAGAAAGGAGUUGUAAAUUGUACCUUUUGCGCUAGCAAUUCAGAAAGAGAGUUUUGUUUCUAAUUACAUUAGUUUUAUAAUUUGCCACAUUGUUUUCUGGCGAGGAACAAUGAAACAAAGUCUGUAACUUUCAUCAAGCUCCUUAUAUAGGCUCCACCAAGCUUGGUAUCACUCCUGUUACUUGAACCAUUUGCUGCUUCGAUACCUUCACACACACACGUUGAACAUACACACAAGCCAGAUUCAAUUGUCUGAAUAAGAUUCCAAUAUCCAUCCCUUGAUUAACGGUAAUAUGUUUCAAAUCACUAAGCUAUAACCACUUAUUCUGCAAAGCACAAUGAUCAUCAAUUUUAGUAUCUCUACAAAAGUAAUAAGAUCCAGAAGGAUAUACAGUCACUUUAAAUCAUUCAGCACCUAAUUAACGAUAUAUGAAAUGUAUAAGUGAGUAGCUAAAACGCAAAAAAGGUUCUUCAAAAAAACUAAUCUUACUUUUGCAAUUCUGUGCAGGUUUUGGUGCACUCCUACAAUUGUAUAACACCACAAGACAAGAUCAUUACAUUGUGUUUAGUUUUCUGAACACAUGAAACUCUAGGAAAUCAGCAGAGGUACUUAGAAGCAGUAAAGUGAAAUAGCGAAUCAUUGUGGGAAUCUUAGCUUUUGGUAAGGUUCCAAAUAGUAACUUUCAUAAGCUAAUUAUACAACAAUGUAAUGUACCUGAAAAAAACAUGUUGAGCAUGUCUGAAAGUAGAGACAGGCACAAAGACAGUCUCUUGCUGUUUCUGUUGCUAUUC